AUGGAUGAAGAAUUAUCUGUUGAUGAUCUUUUGAAACAACGAAGAAUUUGUCGUAGUGCAAUUACAAAAAUGUUCAAUCAAAUGAAUACUGGUGUUCUACCCGAAAUUGAUAAAGUGCUUUCGUUGAAAUCUGAUCACGAUGACAUCGUGGUAGAGCUUUUGGAUCAUAAUCAUGUUGACAACGCCGAUUAUUCUGACAAAAUUGAAUCGAUGUUCAGAUUUAUGACUCUUUAUGUAAAUAUUGAUACUAAAUUGUCUUCUAAUUCUUUGCCUUAUACAACAAUUAAGCAUUGUCAAACUUUGUUCAACGAACUGAACAAAAUGAUCGAUAUCUUCCCUGGAAUGUCAACUGUUAUUCUUAAUAUUCAGUCGAAACUUGAAUCAUCGGAAAUUCAAUCACCAUCGUUCAAUAUUCAUGAAGAAAGUAACGAAUCUUUUCGCACAUCAACACCGAUGAACAAUUUAGGUCCUGUUAAUGUGGGUUCGAAUAUACCAUCACAAGCUAUACCGUCAGAAGGUAUUUCACAUAACGUUCAACCACUACCUCAAGUAAUGCCAGUAACGACAAAUCAAUAUCCACCAAUCAACAACGUUUUGAAUCACGGUCAGCCAAUGAAAAUUAAAGCUGAAGAUAUGCCAAAGUUUAAUGGUUCAGCAAUUCAAUGGCCGGAAUUCAAGGAUGCUGCCCUUGAAUUAAUUGUUAACAAUACUUUGAUCCCAACGGCAAGAUCUAAAUUUCGACGUCUUUUCAAUGCAUUACCGUUAGAAGCACAAUCACGAAUAAGGGAUCAACGAGAAAAUCCGAAUUUCUCGACUAUAUUCAGCAUACUGGAAAAGUUUUAUGGUUCACCUGCAAUCAUCAUCAAGGAGUUAACAAGUAAAAUCUUUUCAUUGCCUUUUCUUCGCUUGGAUGCUAGUCCGACCAUAUAUACCAAAUACUAUGAUUUAUUGCUGAAUGUCCGAUCGGUGAAACUUAAUGAGGGCGAUGCCCGUACUAUCCUCAGUCAUGUGUUACAUAAAAUGGAUGUCGAGCAUAGACGGCGGGCUUUUCAGCAAGCUGAUAAUUCAAACGAUCAAGAAUAUUUGACACUGGCUAACGUUGAAGAGUACUUUCGUAAGAUUACCACUACUGAUAUGUUAAUCAACCAAGUGGCCACAAAUAGCGCCAUCAAUAAAAUCAAUCGUCCAGUUGAGACACGUAAAGCUCUUGUCACUUCAUCGUCUUUUGAAACCAAAUUAACAUGUAUUUUUUGUCAUCAAAGUCAUCGUCAUAGUAUGUGUCCAACGUCGGUCAAUGAUAAAUAUGAAGUAUUGAGAAAAGAAAAGAGGUGUUUCAAAUGUGCCGGUAAGGGUCACGGAACCCGAGAAUGUAUGAAGAAUUAUACAUGUUUCAAAUGUAAAGGAAAUCAUGUUACUUUCCUUUGUCGUUCUGGUCAAAAUACUACAGCAAGUACAUCAUCAUCAUCAGUCGAUUCAUCAUCAGCUUCUGUCGCUAUCGCAUCGUCAUCAUCUUCGCUUGGUACUUCACAAUCAGCAACGUCAUCGAAUCCAUCAACAGAAACAAAUAUUGAAAAUCAAUCGGUUAAUACAGCUUUAGCAAAAACCGGUGGUUCAUCUCAAUAUUUACAAACGUUGACAACAAAAAUCAACAACAUCAAAACCCGCGUAAUUUUCGAUGGUGGAUCUGAAUUAUCAUUUAUCUCUAACAAGUUGGUGAAAUUAUUAAAUUUACCAAAAUUCAAAACUGUACCCAUUCGAAUUAACGGGUAUGGUGGCAAUCCUGGACGUCUUAUUGGUCAUCAUUUCACAAUUAUAAAAUUACCUGAUCGUGAUGGUAAUAUCACAGAAUUUAAAUUAAUCAUUGAUGAUACAGUAUGUCAUUUUAAAUUCAACGUAUUACCGACAAUGAUUCAAAGCUACGUUAAUAAAGUAUUCAAUAUCGACUUUAACGACGAAAAUAUUCCAACAGAUAUACUAUUUGGCAACAGCGACAUCAAUCGUCUUAAAGUUCUUGCAAUGGAUAAGAAUUUCGGUUCUUUAAUAAUUGGAAAAACAUCUCUCGGUUAUAUCGUUCAUGGUCAGACCGAUGAUGCUCAAUCAAUGCCUUAUAGUCCUCAUCGUGGUGGUGCAUGGGAAGCAUUAAUUAAAUCUACAAAACGUGCGUUGUACGGAAUUGUAUGGCGAAAAGAUUUAACUGCGGAAAAUUUCCGUACAAUAUUAUAUGAAUUGGCAGCUAUCAUCAAUUCGAGACCGAUAGCAUCGAUCGACAAUACGAUUCUAACGCCUAAUAAACUAAUUUAUGGAGCAGAAAUAAGAAGACCACCACAACCACCGUACAAAUCUGACACGAAAAUGGACCUCUUGACCGAAUGGAGAAGUAAACAACGUGAUAUAAAUUCUGCCUGGAAAGUCUGGUUAGAUUUGUAUCUUAAACAACUACGUAAUUUUCAUAAAUUUUCAACAAAGUAUGAACAUUCCAAAGUCGGCGAUUAUGUAUUGAUAAAAGAUAGUCGCUAUGGAAAAGAAAAAUGGCCAACAGGAAAAAUUGUUGAAACAAUACCGGAUACUAAUGGAAUAAUUCGCACUUAUCGUGUCCAGGUUGGCGAUGAUAUCAUGACAAGAAACAAUCGAGAUAUAUACCCACUCGAAGGGGGGAGAAAUUGGUGCGAAAUGUGAAACAGAAACGCGCGAAGAAAUGUCAACCGUUUUCGCGAUAAAGAUCUUCAACUGUCAAAACACGAAUAAAACACGCGAUAUAAUAAAGACCGCCCAUAA